CCUCACUUGACGAAUGCAAAACAUUUGACGCGUGUUUGUCGUCCCCAUGUAACGGAAAUAACUGUACCAGUGUUCAAGACAGUUACAUCUGUACAUGCGAUGGAGGUUGGUCAGGAACAAAUUGUACGACGCCACCGGAUAAUUGCAAUGGUAAUGCAUGUGAAAAUGAUGCAACGUGUGUAAGUGGAACUACCAAUUACACGUGUAGUUGUAUUCCAGGGUACAGUGGCCCAUUUUGUGAAAUUUCUCCAGUGGAUGGCGGCUGGUCAGACUGGGCGGUAUCAGCAUGUUCAAGGACUUGUGGAACUGGAAGUAUGAAUAGAACCCGACAAUGUAACAGCCCCGUUCCAGAUACACACGGUGCUGAUUGUGAUGGUGACGCUAUAGAGACUAGAGCAUGUAACACAGAUGCUUGCCCUGUUUGUAGAGAACUCAUGAGCGCACCCGGGACCUUGUUCAACUGUUCUACAGACGACACAGCCGGAAGUGAGACUUGUUCAGUAUAUUGCGAGGAUGGUAAGGUGCUUCCGCCUGGAUUAAACGGUGAACAAUCAUACACAUGUGGUCCAAGCACCAACUAUGAAUGGGAUUAUUUGGAAAAUCCACCCAGAUGCGUCGAUCCCGUUGGGCCAGGUAAAGUUAGCAUAAAUAUUACUGUAGAGUAUGUAACAGCGAUUCCCGCAAGUGUUGCGUCAGAUUUCGUUGACUUGAUAAACAACCGAACAUCAGGCCUGCAGUGCUUUGAUUCUGCUAAUUGUCAGACAAAUAAAGAUAUAGAUGAGUCAACUUUAACUAUUGUGUUUAAUAUCCCUACAUCUAAGGGACCGGACAUUGACUAUAGUGACUACAUAUCCAGUGGAAUACCAAAUGGUGCUUUACAAGAGGUAAUAGACGCUUUAAAUCGUCUGGAACAAACUGCCCAAUACAUUCAAAAUAAUACACAUGAGUUGUUAAACGUCACUAUUGACGGUGUGACGUACACUGUUGCAGACGACAGUUUAAAUAUUGACGCAGGAGUCACGUGCAAUAGCGGAUUCGCAGCUUAUGAUGGCAUUUGUGUUGCAUGUCCAGCUGGCACACAUUCUACUGAUGAUGUUUGUACCUUUUGUGAGAAGGGAAAAUAUCAGUCGAACGCUGGUCAGAUGACAUGUAUAUCAUGUCCGUCUGGGCAGACGACAAAUGCUAUAGGCUCAACAGAUAGCUCUCAAUGUAUAGAAGUAACCACAACCUCUGCAUCGACUACUACUGAAAACAUAACAACGACUGAAAGCAUAACAACGACAACGCAAACGGUCAAACCUCCAAGUGGUGACAAUGUCGUGACAAUAGCGAUUAUCAUAUCAGUAGCAGCUUUAGUUAUCGCAAUAGCUGCGAUAGUCUUUGUGUGGUACAAGAAAUGCAGACGACCAACGACAACGAUAGUAGAUUGCUCAACCGUAAACAUAAGAAUUGAAACAGCGAAAACACGGUAUACAAGAAGUGAUGGCGGGACUCAACCAAUGUCAGAAUUAGAUGCAGACCACUUUCAGAGAGAUAGUGAUACCUGUCAAACGCCUGGUCACCAUAAUUCAUCAUAUGACAGAAUAUCGUCUGCUACCAACAUGUAUAUUACGCCCGACAACAUAAGUAAGUUUAAGAUGCUAUAGCCCUCCUCCGCCUUAUGAAGCAGAUUUACCGGAAUAUACAGGAAAAGAUAUAUCAUCUGUUGACGACACAUAUGACGUAAUUAAUGACAAUCCCCCGAUAACAAAGCUAUGAGUGAACUUUUUAAAGAUUUCAGACCCGAAUUAGUGUGGAUGCUAGCCGUUAUACAUGUAUUGGUAGUUUCUCAUAUGAUGUCGUCAAAGUAGAAAACUAUCGGAGGAAAGCUUUCGGUUUUUUUACGCUUUAUUCCGAAGUUUGCCGAUAUUUACUGAUUUAUUACGGUCUGUAAAUCUAACUUAAAUAUUCCAUAUUUGACUACGUGAUAUACUGUUUAUUCAAAUUAGUUCACAUUGUUUACCAAAACACUAACAUAAAGUGCUUCCCUUAGCAUUGUAUCACACUUGGUUUUGUUCUUUGUCAACUGACAACUUGUAUACUGUAAAUGUAGAAACAAAAUACAAUGUUUAAAUGUGUUACAGUGUCCAUCUGUAUUUGUCAUCAAAUGAAAACGCUUUAUUUCUUUAAAGAUGUGUGUCUUAAUUUUCAUAGAAGAACAAAAGCUGAUACUAUAUCAAUUCCUUCUAUUUUUCAUAGUGCUUUAUAGAACUGCAUAGUGACGUAAUAACGUGAAUAAUAAUGAAGCCAAAUAAAGCUUGACAUUAAUUAUGAUAGUAUUCAUCCCGUAGCUGUUCUACAGAAAUUAGAAACAUUCUCCUGUCGCUAUCGCUCCCGUCGAAGUUUCAGUAGAACAGCACGGAUGAGCACUAACAUAUGUACAUAGUUUAGGGUUCAUUUUUGUUUUGCAUUUACAUUAUGUUAAUCUUCAUCUGUGCUGUUCUACAGAAAUUAAAAAGUUCGACGGGAGCGAUACCGACAGGAGAAUGUCUUUACGCGGUUCUAUGAAGUACUAUAACAAAUAGAAGGCGACUAUGAACGACAUUCGAUAUACUAUCGAGUUUUGUUCUUCUAUGAAUAUGAACACACAUAUUUUUUAAGAAAUACAGCCUUUUCAUUGGAUGACAAAUAAAGCUGGACACUAAACAUCUAUUAAAGAUAAUUUUAGAAAAAAUAUUAUUCGGUUGCUGCCUCGACAUGUCUUUACAGUCAAUAAAAUCCAUAUCUUAAUUAUUUAAAGUGCCAGUUCAAUCUUAAGUUUAUUGGUACACAUUUUAAAAUCAAUAUGAGCCGUGUCACAACAAAACCAACAUAAUGCGUUUGCGACCAGCAUGGACCUGGCUGGUCUGGAUCCAUGCUGGUCGCAAACCUAUUAUGUCGGUUUUGUCGUGACGCGGCUCAUAUGUAUUCCUUGCACAAUGCUUCGCUUUUUAGGCUUUUAAAGCUUUUACCAGGCUUGCGUGACAGUUGAUAUCAAAUAUACGCUUCUUUUUAAUAUCUGUGAAGUUGGCAUGUUGCUCGUGAUUGUAUAAAUAGUUGUUGCUAUUAACUAUUCAGAUAGCGUCCGUCAGGUUAGUGAUUCUAUUCAGGUGACCGACCGUUCGUGUCUCAAAUGAAGCAAGACAUAAUAAAAAGACAAUGUGCCGCGUGCCAAAUCCAGGUUUCUAGUUUAAAGGUCAAAGUCACAGCAAGAAAUUGAAAAUUCUGUAUUUGCCAUAAAGUCAAAAGAAAACUUCACAUCCAAUUGAUUAAAUUCCUCUGGUGUGAAAAAAAACAACAAUUAUUCAAAUUUUAACAACAUACUUCAAAUUGUCAAAGAAUUAUACAAAGAAUUCAUGAUAGAAGAUCAUUAACUUUUAGAGUUUUCAUGUAUAAAAGGAAAGGGAAUCCGAAUCCAAUAAAACUGGUUCCGUGUUCUGGCGCUAACCAACGAUGCUUUCGUCACUGAAAACAAAAGGAAUGUAAUUAACCUUUAACAAGGAAAGGUGCAUCUGUUAAUAAAAUAAAAUACGUUUUAAUUCUUGGAACCGUUAUUUCUUAUUGUGUAGUCAUUGUGCAACUUAUGGAAAAACGAAAUAAAGAUUACAUAAUAUGAUAGUAAAAUUACAUUUUUUUUAAAUUAAAAGAAAAAAAUAGCAAUUGGAACCUAUUACGACACUUGUUUGUCUUUUUAAACAGAGUUUUCCUCGUCUUUUCAUUUACGCACCAAAGACAGUAUCUAUUCAUGUAAACUAUCUGUUAAUUCCGAUCUUUCCAUAUUGUUUCCAUAAUUGUUAUUAUCACCGUUUUAAUGAUGUUCAAAGUAUGUAAUUGUUAUUAUCAUGCUUUUCACAUGUUCAAAAUAUGCAUUGUUUUGUCUUGUGCCGCAAUAAUGCUAUAUGUAUUGGCGAUAAACAUUGUAUAUAUGUUCAAGUCAAAUAAACAUUGAAUUGAAUUGAAUUGAAAAAACCUA